AUGGCCCAAAGCAAUGUCCGGGAUACCCCCACCCUGAUCAAACGCAACGGGGCAGACUACCCUUCAGCCAAGCACACAGAAUUAAUAGACUGGCUCUUGAUGUUGGAGCGAAAAGACAAUGUCUUAAUGCUACCGGCCACCAAGAAUGGAGGCGCAACCCUCCUGAAAAACGACGAUUUCCGCAUCGACUAUCAGGGAUACUUCAACUCUGACCCCUACCAGAUCGGAUGGAUCAACCUCCAAGUGCAAGAGAACACCCCGAGGAAGUCCAAGACCUCCACAACCGUUAUAACAACAUAUGUGCACUAUCAAGGCUACCAUCAGUCCGGACGGAUUACCAGCAAUGUCAUCUUGCAUGCAAUGGUCCAGCAGGCUAUGAGCAAGAUCGCCGAGUACUCAAUCUUUGUAUCCAAGUCGCAAACAGGAGCGAUCGCGGUACAGAACAUUCCGCGGAGUCCCCAGGGUUUGAUUAAGUGGGGUUGGGGCAGUUUGGAGAGUGCAAAGGCGGUCCAGGGGGAUAAGUGGAAUAACCCAAAGAUGAAGGGGAAAUGGGCUGCCAUUUGGGUGCCAGAAUCUUAG